AUGGCACCCAAGCGAAACGCCAAGCGCAAGAGCAAUGAAGAGCACGUGAACCCAGAUCCGUCAGACGACGAUGUUGGUCGAGGCAGAACCAGGCAAAAGCAAUCUGUGAAACGGGCAAAAGGCGAAAGCCUGUCUCGUCUCGCGGGUUCCGGGGACAAUGACGCUCUCAGAGAUGAUAGUCGAAAAUACGGAAGUUUGCAGAGCUGGGGCAAGUGGAUUGAUGACAUCAGUAAAAACGAGGAGAAGUUUUCCAAGGAGUUCAUGAGCGCUUCGGAGGAAAAUGUCGACAAGCAGACUGAACAGCUGAAAAUGCUAAUGAAACAGGGAGAGGAUACACUGAAAGGACACCGCCAAAAGGUCAACAACAUUGUCAAUCAGCUCUACAUGGAAAGUACACAGCCAGAAGAGCCGCUGGACAGCAGCGGGACUCUCCAGGAUCAAGCACACGACGCCAUCGCUCGAUAUCGAGACAUGAUCAAGUGUUUCCGGGGCAUGAACGAGACAUUGCAGCAAAAGGCUCCAAUCGAGGUACCCACUUCCACCAUCGAAAAAGACAAGCACGACAUUCAGCAGAUCAUGCAACAUGCCCGCGAUGAUGGUGAAAAGCUUGCAAGGGGCCAUUUGGCGCCUUAUACCUAUUCAUCACCGGUCAAGGAUACGUCGGAAAUCAGUGGCCAUGAGCAGACUGGAGCAAACAUGUUCCAGGCCAGCCGCAAGACUGUACGAGACAGUGUUGGCAGCGUGAUUGAACAGCAGAAGGAUGGCCUGCGGCAACUCAUUAGCACACUAUCAGCAGCCCAGAACCAAGUUUGA